CUUAUCCUUUCCCUCCUCUGCAAAACGCAACACGAAAAAUCUAUGGUGCUCUCUUCUCCUUCGCCUGCCAUUUCACCUUCCACUCUCCAUGUCCUCCCCUGCUCAGACCCUCCAUACAAGCUCCUUCAAAACCACCCGUGUCUCUCUCUCCUCUCCGUGUGCAGAACCAUGGAAACCCUCAAACAAGUGCAUUCUCACUUCAUCAAGACCGGUCUCCACAACACCCAUUACGCCAUGAGCAAGCUCAUCGAUUUCUGCGCCGUUUCUCCUUUCGGUGAUCUCUCUUACGCUCUUUUAGUGUUCGAGUCCAUUGAGGAACCGAAUCCAGUGAUAUGGAAUACUAUAAUUAGGGGAUACUCGUUGAGUUCGUCGCCGGUUAUGGCCUUAGAACUCUACGUACGAAUGAUAUUUUCUGGGAUGGUGCCGAAUUCUUACACUUUCCCUUUCCUUUUAAAGUCUUGCGCGAAAAUGGCUGCUAUCCAUGAAGGGAAACAGAUUCAUACCCAUGCUUUGAAACUUGGGCUUCAGUCUGAUGCUUUCGUUCACACUUCUCUGAUUAAUAUGUACGUGAAAAAUGGCGAAUUGGACAGUGCGAGAUUGGUUUUUUAUAAAAGUAAUUAUCGAGAUGCGGUGUCCUAUACAGCUUUGGUCAGUGGUUAUGCUUCAAGGGGUUGUAUGGACGAGGCCAGACAGAUGUUUGAUGAAAUGCCUAGGAGAGAUGUUGUGUCGUGGAAUGCUAUUAUUGCAGGCUAUGCUCAAAGUGGUAGAUGUGAAGAGGCAUUAGCAAUCUUUCAAGAAAUGCUUGCAGCAAACGUUACGCCCAACGAGAGUACAAUGGUGACUGUCCUUUCCGCAUGUGCUCAUUCUGGUUCUGUUGCUUUAGGCAACUGGGUUCGGUCCUGGAUCGAGGACAAUGGAUAUGGUUCGAAUCUUCAACUCCUUAAUGCGCUUAUUGAUAUGUAUGCGAAGUGUAAUGAUUUAGAUACAGCCCGUGGCUUGUUCGAGGGUAUACCAAGAAAGGAUGUUAUUUCGUGGAAUGUGAUGAUCGGUGGCUACAGUCAUAUGAAUCAGUACAAAGAAGCCUUGAUGCUGUUUCAGCGGAUGUUGAGAUCAAAAAUGGAGCCUAAUGAUGUUACCCUUUUAAGCAUCCUUCCCGCUUGCGCUUAUUUAGGUACUCUUGAUCUUGGCAAAUGGAUUCACGCUUAUAUAGAUAAGAACCUCAGGAAUUCAUCCAAUGCCUCUCUUUGGACAAGCCUUAUCGACAUGUAUGCUAAAUGUGGAGAUAUUGAAGCAGCUAAACAAGUCUUUGAUUGCAUGAAACAUAAAAGUUUGGCUUCUUGGAAUGCCAUGAUAUCUGGGUUUGCCAUGCAUGGAAAUGCAGAUAUGGCUCUUGGUCUUUUCUCAAGAAUGAAAGAAGAAGGUUUAGAACCAGACGAUAUCACAUUCGUUGGUUUAUUGUCUGCUUGUAGCCAUGCUUGUUUGGUAGACCUCGGCCGUCAAUAUUUCACUUCAAUGAUUAAGGAUUACAAAAUUUCUCCAAAACUCCAACACUACGGAUGCAUGAUAGAUCUUCUCGGCCGUGCUGAGCUGUUUGACGAAGCAGAAGUUAUGAUGAAAACAAUGGAAAUGGAGCCAGACAGUGUUGUAUGGGGCUCUCUGCUUGGCGCAUGCCGAGUCCACGGACAUGUUGAGUUGGGCGAGUCCAGUGCCAAGAAACUCUUUGAAUUAGAGCCGGAGAACCCAGGUGCUUACAUCCUGCUCUCAAACAUUUACGCUGGUGCUGGUCGAUGGGAUGAUGUAGCAAGAAUAAGGACCUUGCUAAACGACAAAGGCAUGAAGAAAGUUCCCGGUUGCAGCUCAGUUGAGGUUAACAGUGUUGUUCAUGAGUUUCUUGUCGGUGACAAAGUGCAUCCGCAGAGCAAAGAAAUUUACGAGAUGUUGAGUGAGAUAGACGAGCUUUUAGAGAAGGCUGGGUUCGUAGCGGACACAUCGGAAGUGCUGUAUGACAUGGAUGAGGAAUGGAAGGAAGGGUCACUGAGUCAACACAGUGAGAAGUUGGCUAUUGCUUUUGGUUUGAUCAGCACGAAGCCAGGGACGACGAUUAGAAUUGUCAAGAAUCUGCGUGUCUGUAGAAAUUGCCAUUCGGCUACAAAGCUGAUUUCGAAGAUUUUCAAUCGAGAGAUUAUUGCCCGAGACAGGAAUCGCUUCCACCAUUUCAAAAAUGGUGUCUGCUCCUGCAACGACUACUGGUGAAAUGUUUAUACUAACAAAUGUCUCAUUGUAAAUUAGUCAAGUUUAGAAUCCAAUCACAGCCAGUAAUAUAUAUAUAUAUAUAUAUAGGUGUAUUUAGUAUCUGUUUCUGGUCUGAGAAUGAAAACCCAUCUUUAUUUAUAUACAGGUGAUGGAGUUUUACAUAUUAAAUAUUGAUUGCUAAUCUUGAAACUUGAUGAUCCUCAUAAUUGGGUACAAGAAAAGUCAAAUGCUUUGGCAGCAGAUACAAAUUUUAGGCUUCAACAUUGGAGAGAUUCGUGAA